AUGAAAACAUUAGGCCUAUCUCUUGCGAGAUUUAAGAUGAGUGGAACAAUACCAGAGAAAACAGAUAGAUCAGAAAAAAAGAAAACUGGUGGGCUUACUGUAGAACAGAUACAAGCAGAUAGAAUAACACAGUUAGCUCAAGAUUUCUGGUCUAAAAAAGCAAUUGAAAAUGGAGCAUCUUUUAAACCUGAGAUUGUUGAAGAAGUCUAUAAAGAAGAAAUUCUGAAAUCAAAUUUUGCAAAGAAAAGAAUAAUGAUGUUAGAAUUUAGUCGUUAUUUAGAGAAUUAUUUAUGGACAAAUUAUCAUCCACAAAAGUCCAGUUUAGCACAUUCAAUGUCUAUGAUUGUUAUAGUUAAUGAGAAAGUUAGAGAACAUGUUCCACCAUGGGAGGCAUUUACCAGUAAACCUGAACAUUUCCCAGCCUUUAUACAUAGAGUAUUAGAUUAUAGUUUAUCUGGUAUUAGCUUAAAGGAACAAACUCAUCUUUUACUAUUUAUUGUUCAUUGUUUUAACUGUCUAGAAGUUGAUUUAAUACGUGAACAAAUACAGAAAUUAGUUUCACUGCCGAUAUGGGAUUUUAUUUUACCGGGCAGGAGAGACGAGAUAUUUAAAGGGAAUACCAAAUAUAAGAAAGUUUUUAAUGUUAUAAAGAAGAAUGAUAAGAAAUUAGAUGAGGAACGUCUUAAGGUUGUAACAAGCGAACGUCAAUUUUUAUCAAAAACCAUUCAUAAAUAUUUUGAUAUUCUGAAACAGAUUCCAGAAAAAGGUAAAGUAAAAGAGGAUUUGGUGAAAUAUUGUGAAAGGUUUAUGGAACUAAUGAUUGAUAUAGAAGCUCAGUUACCUACUAGAAGAUUUUUCAAUGUUUUAAUGGAUGAUCACCAUGUUGUGGAAAUUAGUAAACUUUCUCCUUUAUGUCAACGAGAAGAAGGAAAACUCUUUACUGAGUUAUUAGAUAUGUUGAUAAAGUAUGCUGAAUUUGAAAUAGAUGAACGAACUGGUGAAGCUUUAACGAUACAUGAUAGAAUAGAUUUACAUUAUAAUACAGUCGGGAAAUUACAAAAAGUCGUGUUUAAACAUUUUCCUGACCUCAAGAAGUUUGCUAUAUCUAAUGUAGCUAGUAUUGAUACACGUGAUUCACUUGUUAAACACUUUAAAGAUUUUAGUAAUGGAGAUCUGCAUAAGUUGUUAGCCCAUUUAAAUUAUUUACCACAUCCAAUAGAAGAAGAGAAGGAGGAGAAAUAUUCAACAGAAUUUUUACUGGAGUUAUUGGUCUGUAAACAUGAGAAAAGACCCAGUCAGUUAGAAGCUAUCAACAAUAUGCCUCUAUAUCCUACAGAAGAUAUUAUUUGGGAUGAAAAUAUUGUGCCUUCAGAAUAUCAUUCAGGAGGAGAAUGUUUAGCUUUACCAAAAUUGAAUCUACAGUUCUUAACUCUACAUGAUUAUCUAUUGAAAAAUUUUAAUCUCUUUAGGCUGGAAUCUACAUAUGAAAUAAGACAAGAUAUUGAAGAUGCUGUAAGUCAUAUGAAGCCUUGGCUAGCAGAAGAUGGUAGUUGUUUAUUUGGUGGCUGGGCUAGAAUGGCUCAAAGUGUAGUAGGUUUUAAUGUAGUUGAGGUGGCAAAACCUAAAAUUGGAGAAAAUCAUCCAGCUCAAGUUAGAGCUGAUGUUACUAUGAAUCUCAGUGUUAGAAGAGAAAUCAAGGCAGAAUGGGAAGCAAUGAGGAAACAUGACGUAGCAUUUUUGAUAACAGUGAGACCAACACAACCUAUUGGUACUAAAUAUGAUUACCAUGCUGAUUUUAUACCACAAGUUGGUUUAAUCUAUGUUAGAGGAUGUGAAAUAGAGGGCAUGUUAGAUGACACAGGCAAAGUUAUUGAAGAAGGACCUGAUCCUAAACCAGAAUUAACUGGUAAUACCAGAACAUUCCGGGUUUGGCUAGAUCCAAACCAGUAUCAACAAGAUAUGACUAAAGCAGUUAAUGGAGAAGAGGAUGUUUAUGAAACAUUUAAUAUUAUAAUGAGGCGGAAACCAAAAGAGAAUAAUUUUAAAGCUGUAUUAGAGACAAUGAGAGAUUUAAUGAAUACUGAUUGUGUUGUACCAGAAUGGCUCCAUGAUCUUAUUUUAGGCUAUGGCGAUCCUGAUUCUGCUCACUACGAAAAAAUGCCUGACAAGAUUGAAAAAUUAGACUGGAAUGAUACAUUUUUAUCACUAGAACAUCUCAAAUCCUGUUUUCCUGAACACAACACAGAAGUUACUAGUGAAGCAGCUGGUAAACAAACACCACCAUUUAGGUUAGAAUUUCAAGAAAAUGAACCUAGUAAGAAGAGAGCUAAAACAGAGUCAAAAGAAGAUGCUAUUGCAGACAGAUUAAAACAAAUAGCAAUUGAGCCACAUAUUAUUCCUAAUAGAGGACCAUAUGAAUACAGUCAACCUAAAAAGAACAGUAUAAGGUUUACACCAACCCAGAUAGAAGCUAUAAGAGCUGGUAUGCAACCUGGUUUAACUAUGGUAGUAGGACCACCUGGUACUGGUAAAACUGAUGUAGCUGUACAGAUAAUAUCUAAUAUAUACCACAACUUCCCAGAUCAACGUACUGUUAUAGUUACUCAUUCGAAUCAGGCCUUGAAUCAGCUAUUUGAGAAAAUCAUGGCAUUAGAUAUAGAUGAGAGACAUUUAUUACGUUUAGGUCAUGGUGAAGAGGCUUUAGAAACAGAGAAAGAUUUUAGCAGAUAUGGAAGAGUAAACUAUGUACUAGCACAAAGAAUAGAGCUGUUACAAGAAGUUGGUAGAUUACAAACUAGUUUAGGUGUUAAAGGUGAUAUGUCUUAUACAGCAGAAACAGCAGGCUAUUUCUAUAUGUAUCAGGUUUUAUCAAGAUGGGAAGAAUUUUUAAGUAAAUUACAGAAUGUUAAAGAAAAGGAAUCUAAACCAUCAGCAAUAAAAGAAUUCUUUCCCUUCACCAAGUUUUUCGACAAUGCCCCACAGCCAUUAUUUACUGGUCAAGAUUAUAGUAAAGAUCUAGAUACAGCAGAAGGUUGUUUUAGACACAUCAAGAAAAUCUUUACACAAUUAGAGGAAUUCCGAGCAUUUGAAUUAUUGAGGAGUGGUUCUGAUAGAGCUGAAUAUUUAUUUAUUAAAGAAGCUAAAAUUAUAGCUAUGACUUGUACCCAUGCUGCUUUAAAAAGACGUGAUAUGGUAGCUGUUGGAUUCAAGUUUGAUAAUAUUUUAAUGGAGGAAGCAGCUCAGAUAUUAGAGAUUGAAACAUUUAUUCCACUACUCUUACAGAAUCCAGAAGAUGGUAAUAAUAGAUUAAAAAGAUGGAUUAUGAUAGGAGAUCAUCAUCAAUUACCACCAGUUAUUAAAAAUAUGGCCUUUCAGAAAUUCUCCAACAUGGAACAGUCAUUAUUUACUAGAUUUGUACGUCUUGGUGUUCCUACUGUAGACUUGGAUGCCCAGGGUAGAGCUAGAGCAAGUCUUGCAUCAUUGUAUAAUUGGAGAUAUAAGAAAUUGGGAAGUUUACCUCAUGUAUUGAAUAAGCCAGAGUUUCAGCUUGCUAACCCCGGAUUUGUUUUUGAUUACCAAUUAAUUGAUGUACAAGAUUUUAAUGGUGUUGGUGAAUCAGAACCUAAUCCAUAUUUCUAUCAGAAUUUAGCAGAAGCAGAAUAUGUAGUAGCAGUAUUUAUGUAUAUGAGAUUAAUGGGUUAUUCUGCCGAGAAGAUCUCUAUAUUAACAACUUACAAUGGUCAGAAACAUUUAAUACGUGAUGUCAUACAUCAAAGAUGUGGUAACAAUCCUUUUAUAGGCAAGCCUCAUAAGGUGACAACAGUAGAUAGGUAUCAAGGUCAACAGAAUGACUAUAUCUUAUUAUCAUUAGUUCGUACUAAAACUGUAGGUCAUAUACGUGAUGUGAGACGUUUAGUUGUAGCUAUGUCCAGAGCUAGAUUGGGGCUUUAUAUAUUCGCUAGGGUCUCUUUAUUCAGUAACUGUUUUGAACUGACCCCUACAUUUAAUAGACUAAUGACAAGACCAUUACAGUUACAUGUUACACCUGAAGAUGAAUAUCCUACUCAUAGAAAGAAUACAGAACACCCAGUGACUACACCAAUGGUAAUAGAAGAUAUGUCUAUGAUGGCUCAGUUUGUUUAUGAUUUCUAUAAUUCUAAAGUUGAUAUGUUGAUCAAAGAAAGAGGAUUUGACCAGCCAAUCAAAUUAGAGAAACAGAAAUUUGAAAAGAGAGAAGAUGAAUAAAGUAGUGUAUACCUAGUCUAGAUAGAAGACUGAAUCCAUUAAAUGUGGAACACAAAUGAAGAUAAAAAAUUCAAAUAGUGCUUGCAAGAGAUUAUCACUUUGAUCUUGUUUCCACUGAUAUAUAAAAUUGUAAACUAAAUUUGUUUGAAAUGUGAAAAUCUGUUUUCAUCAGUUGACACGAAAAAACUUGUGCAUUCAUGAACAAUAUCAUCAUCAUAUAAUCAUUUUUUAAAUCAUUACAUGUAUCAACUUGUAUAAAUCAUAAUACUGAGACUUUCAUUUCAGUAAUAAUAAUAAAUACCGAAUCACUUUGUUAGAUUUCAUUUAUUUGAUAAAGAUUUGAGUCUGAAUGAUUUAUUUGGCAUAUAUUACUGCUCUUACUUAACAACUUUGGUGAUCUCAGACAAACCAGAAAUAUUCCUUUUGAAAUAUACAGAUCAAUGUAGCUAAAAUUAUGUUCUUUCAGUUAAAGAAAGGUUUUGUCAACUAAUCUGAAAGGUAUCACCAAAACUAAGUUAACAUUGACAGAAAACAACAAAAUGAUGCUUGUCCAUCAAUUAAUGAUGAAAUAAAAGUAAAAUACCAAUAAGAAAUUGGAGUAUUUUAUUUGACAAUAUAUGUAAUGAAUAAUAAGUACAGUAUGAGGUAGAUUGAUUGGAUAUUAAAGGAUGAUAUGCAAUAUCAAUACAAUAUGGUAAAGAUAUUAGACUCUAACAACUCCGACAGUCUGGCAAUAAUGAAAACACAUAGCAUUUCAUCAAUGUGAAAUCAUAAAUAUUCAUGGGCAUCAAAUUUUGCAGUUUUAAUCUGAGUUGUGAAUUGCAAUUUUUUUUCUAGGUAUUUUUGUAUGUCAUCAAAUUUUAUAGGAUUAACUACUGAUCAAACCUACGGUAUUAGAUUGUUUCUUAAUCCAUUAUCAUCAAUUAACAUCACUUACAGAAUUAAAGUGUUUUACAAAAUUUGCAGGGAUGUAAAUUCAAGGACAGGCUGACCCAUUAUGCCAAGAAAAUUCAUGAUUUUACAAUGCUUUGAAGCAUGCUAAUACAUGUAAUUCAAGGCCAGUAAAGCACUUUUGUUCAACAGUACCAGACUAUCUUGUUAACUAGUAAGAAACAUAAUCUUCUAAGUGAUUUAAGCAGCAGAGGUUUAAACUGUCAUCAGUAAUCACAUCUAUGACAAGUGUCUGUAGAAAGCUCUAGACAAAUGUCUCUCGUCAUAGCCUUUUUAGUCUUACAUUAUGUAUGAACGUUAUAAGGUAUUUUCUUUGACUGUAUUAACCUUACUGAGUCACUGCCAUACUAAUAAUACUGAUGAAAACUAUCUUUGGUUUUAU